GAACGACGUUCUUGCCGUUGCCAACUACCCUGCUUGAUAAAGGUGGGAGUAUGCCGCACAAAGAUCCAUGUCAAAGGCAAGCAUGUGCAAUUCAGCAGUGUUUACAAGCUAACAAAUACGUGGAGAGCUUGUGUCAGGAUGUGAUCAGGGAGAUGCGGCGGUGCUGUGAAGCUCAGACUGGAAACUCCGUCUGCUGCUCCGGGUUCAAGGACUCCAAAUCUACCGAGAACAAAAGUAAUACAUAGCUAAAGUGGUAUGCUUUU